ACGUGACGACAAAUGGUUUGUAGUAGAGUUCGUGUUGGUGUUUAUCUUUGGCAAGUAUUUUUUUCUGCUUCUGACCAGCCAGCGAAUUUUCUGACUGUUUUGGAUAAAGUGUGUGUUUGAAUUUGUAACCUUGAUACCAUAUGUACUGGAACAGCAGUGAUCAAUAUGUGGGUGAAGCCACAAGAGGUUCUACUGGCAAACGCUCUCUGGGUAACAGAACAAGCAACAGUGUAUUUUGUUUUACAACGUCGUAAAGGACAUGGAAAAACAAAAGGUCUUGGUUCUAUAUUGGUGGGAACAUUGGAUAUUGUACUUGAUACUAAACCUCCACCUUUCAGGAUACUUCACCAAACACCAUCGUCAGAAGUUUAUUGGGAAGUCGCAUGCUCCUUGACGCACGAAGAAAUCUUGCAAGAUUGGGACUGGCUUCACGCUAACUUGAUGGAUACUUUGACUUCUUUCGACACGGAAGAAGAAAUAACCGAAUUUGUCUGCUGCAAGAUACAGUCUAUUAUCGCGAACAGUGUUCCAGAUUGUCAAUUUGCCGAUGAAGAAGAUCCGGAAUCAUUUAAAACUACAUCUUUUAAAUUUCAUCAACUUUUUAAUAUACCAAAGGAAGAUAAAUUGGUCAAUUAUUACUCUUGCAGUUACUGGAAAUCUCGUUUUCCUAGACAAGGAUGGCUGUACUUGUCGGUAAAUCAUAUGUGUUUUUACGCAUAUAUUUUAGCAAGAGAAACUAAAUUAAUUAUAAGAUGGGCAGACAUUACCGAAUUGGGGAAAACCAAUUCUAUUCUAUUUCCUGACAGCAUACGCGUUGUAACUAGAGACAAUAAAAAGCAUUAUUUUUCAAUGUUUGUGCAUAAAUCAGAGACAUAUUCGUUGAUGGAACAACUUACAAAUAUUGCUAUGAAAAGACUUAUAGACGAGAAGAGUGGCUUCAACGAAGACAGAGAACUCUUACAUAAGCUAAGCAAAAAUGUACCUAAAAAACCAUCCUUUUUGAAACGUGAUCUCGAUGCAAGAGCACACUCGGAAGCAUACAGGUUACAAUUCAGAUUGCCAGGAAGUGAAAAAUUGGAUGGCAGUAUCGAUGCAACACUGUGGACACCGUACAAUAAAAGAUAUGUUUGGGGAAAGAUAUUUCUAUCUCAGAAUUAUCUCUGUUUUGAAAGCAGGGUAAGAGGAUUGGUAAGUUUAGUUAUACCUCUCAGGGAGGUGAGACUCAUAGAACCUGCUGAAAAUCAGUCGUCCAGUACGGGUAUAGAUAAGUCCAUAUUAAUGACAACGGCACGAGCGUCUUUUUUGUUUGCUCAGAUCCACGACAGAGAUUUCGUCGUUCAAAAAAUAUCUGAGUUAUUAGCAAAAUCGAAAUUGUCGGCUUUAAGUAUCUCGGACAGUUUGCCGUUCCAAAACAGUUCGUCUCGCGGCGACAGCAAUUCUGACGAAGCUAAACCUACUAAUCUGUGGAAACCGCAACCACCAUUAAUGACAUUAUUCAAAGCUCCGUUAAGUAGCGAAGCAGCGCUAAAACAGGAAGCUAAAGAAAAGCAAUGGGAGCUUCAUUUUGCAGAAUAUGGCAGGGGUAUUACAAUGUACAGAACGACAGAGACAGCAACGUUAAUAAUUCAGGGUCUACCGCAGACUCUUAGAGGAGAAGUUUGGCUCACAUUUUCUGGUGCUUUGAAUGAAAUGAUAAUGAAUCCCGGUGUUUAUAAAUCAUUAGUUGACCAAUCGCUAGGCAAGUCUUGUCAAGCAAAUGAGGAGAUAGAAAGAGAUUUACAUAGAUCAUUGCCGGAACAUCCAGCGUUUCAAUCGGAUACCGGUAUUAGUGCGUUAAGGAGAGUGCUCUCCGCAUAUGCUUGGAAGAAUCCACAAAUUGGUUAUUGCCAAGCAAUGAAUAUAGUAGCAUCCGUUUUGUUAAUCUACUGCUCGGAGGAAUCUGCCUUCUGGCAGUUAUGCAACGUAUGCGAAUCGUUGUUACCCGAUUAUUACGACAGAAGAGUAGUCGGUGCUCUUGUUGACCAAGGCCUUUUAGAAGAGCUAGCCGCCGAAUACUUACCAACGUUACACGCUAGGCUACAGGAACUUGGACUAAUCAAAGUUAUAUCACUUUCAUGGUUUCUGACUAUAUUUUUGAGCGUCAUGCCGACCAGUAGCGCCGUGAUUAUAAUGGACUGCUUUUUCUAUGACGGAGCGAAAGUAAUAUUCCAGAUAGCAUUGACAGUACUGGAAUGGAAUCAAGAUAAACUACUUAAUUGUCGUGACGAUGGCGAAGCAAUGCAGUUAUUGACAGAUUAUCUCGGAGGUGUGUUCAAUGACGAGGGUCCUGUGUUGCCUAGACCAGUUGACAGUGCCACUCCUAACAGGAGUAUAUCUGUUCAAACUUUAAUCUACGAAGCAUACUCAAGAUAUGGUACAUUGACUACGGGGGGUAUAGAAAGACUUCGUUUGAAGCAUAGACUUAGGGUAGUUCAGAGUUUAGAGGAUGGUAUUGAAAAGAACGUACUCAGGAGCGUUAUCGUCGAUAAGUACAUGACAAUGGAAGAAUUACAGGAUCUGCUAAGCUUAGUUAGAGAAGAAUUAAUGAGUCAACGAAAAUCUGAGCCUGAUCGCUACGAUCCGACACAACCCCCGUACGAAGCAUACAAAGUGGAUUUUGAGUUGUUCAGAAUAUUAUUCGGUGGUCUAUCUCCAUGGGGAAAAUGUAGUCAAGCCGAAUCCUUGUCUGCCCGAUUAUUUCGCUUGAUGGACCGUAAUCGUGAUGGUUUGCUAAACUUUCGGGAAUUAGUACAAGCUAUCGGAAUGACAGCGACUGCUGACUUGACACAAAGGUUGAAGCUUUUGUAUACUCUACACUUACCGCCGUUGCUUACCCCCGCUGACUUUGAAUCGCCCGUGCAAUCUGAUGGAGCAGAAGUAGCCGCAGAAGCUACAGAUUUUUUUGACAGCAUGGAACAAAGUGUCGCUUCCUUGGAGCUGCCGGUUAGUCUGGUGGAAGAGCCGUGCGCGGGUUCUUUGUCUCGAUCGAUAAGCUUGACGGCCAGCAAGACGGAUAGUCAAGAUCAGUCUUGGGAGAUUCAAAGCAUGGGCAGCCUACGCUCUAUGAUAACAUCUAAAGACAGUCCUUUGGAUUUAAAAACUGUGCCAAAAAUGUCCCAAGGACAUUUCAUAGCGUUAUGGAAAACUCUGUACGAUAUGUUUCCCGCACAACCAGAAGAUCAAGAAACUUAUCACUGUAUAGCUUCUAUAGGUACUCUUUUGCUUCAAUUAGGCGACGUUGGAAAAAAGUUUUACGUCGACCGGGAUGAAUCCGAGGAUAGUUUGCUUUUAGCUGCUACGGCUGCACAGCAGUCACCCCCGACCGCCGAACGGUCGCAUGAUCGAAACGGAAACCCAUCGAGCACAACGUCAUCCACCGAUCCAGAAUGGUCAAUAAGCGUCGAACAGUUCCUGGCAUCCGCCUUAACAGGUCACGCGAUCGUAGACUUCUUUAGCAAACGAACAGAUCUUACCGAUGCAAUUACAACGCUAAAGAACCGUAGAUUUAAUCGUGUUCAUUCCUUGUCGGACACGCCCGUGUUAAGUGUAUGAUACACAGACUCGUCUGUGUAUGAAGAUAGUGUAAGAUAUAUACAUAAAAAUUUAUAAAGUGAUAGAUUGCCUUGAAUAAUUGACCAGCGAUUUCUUUUCCUAAGGAAAUUUUUACAUUCGUCGUAACUCUGGUGAAUAUAUGCUUAUUUGAGGAAUAGAUUGGCAACGGGAAAAGUGUUUCUGCGAACAAAAGGUGAGAGUAGAAGCGAGCCAAGUAAACUCUCUCAUUCGCGCCUUAAGAAGGAAAGCCGUGAGCAGCAAAGACGUCCAAUCAUUUAUGCCUACAAUUUUCCUAUUUAGUAGAAACGAGUUUAUUGUGCAGACACGAAUUCCGAAGCGAUCAAGAGGUACAUACAUGUUAAUUUCUUUAAAAGACACGAAUUCAUUGGCCUACGACAGUAAUAAUGAUGUACGCGUUGAAAUUUGAGAAACGAGUGAAUACUCAGGGUAAAUAUAUAUUAAACGCAUUUCCAGUGACUUUUACAGAUUACUCGUGCACGAUGAGCAAGUUGCCACCGGUUGAUACUAACACAACAAAUGUAUUUUUUAGUACUAAAUUGUUAAGCGUUUGUAAUACAUGAUAAUUCCUCUCGAUUAUAACAUGAAUGAUAUAUGCACAAAAUUUACGUCAUCAGUUAUUUAAGCGUAUUGUUUAAUCUUGUAUGUUUAUCUUAUAAAUUUGAGUAAUAUGAAAUUAAGCAGUAUUAUAGAAGUGUGUGUAUAACAAACAAAAAUGUUAAAACUCUUAUUAUAAUAAACCGACGCUGCAUUUAUAACACAUGCUAUCUUGAAACGAUAGCGAACAAUUUCCUAAAAUGUUCAACAAAAAUUUUUCUAACCGAUACUACUUUUAGAAUAUUAUAUAAAAUAUGCACGUAAUGCCAAAAAUUUAUAGUAGACACAUGUAUUAUAAAAUGUUUAUGAAUACUUUGUCCGAAUGCAGUUGUCUACCGAUACUUGAGAUUAUAUAUUAGCUUCAAAUAUAAUAUUGAUUUUUAUACCUACAA